AUGCAUAGCAACAACAGCAGCACAGCAGUCUCCACCAGCCACUAUCAGGUGCUCAGCAUCUCUCUGAUGUCAUCUCUGGUGCUGAUCAUCACGGUGGGGAAUGUGCUGAGCCUGACCAUCUUCUUGGGCUCCAGAAGGUUCCACACUCCACAGGGAUACCUCAAGGUGUCCCUGGCCUCUGCGGACCUGGCCGUGGGUGUGGUGGUGGUCCCUUACUCGCUCUUCCAUGAGAUCAACAGUCUGUGGACAUCACAGCGAGGUCCAAGUUCAGUCUCGGGCCAGACCAAUAUUUCGGAUGAGGUUAGUGCGUUGGAGGGCGGCUUUCAGCCUUGCUUCGUCAUGGGGCCAGUGUUUGCAGGCUGCACCCUGGUGUCCAUCACCACCAUCUUCCUGCUGUCACUGGAGCGGGGCAUCACCAUCCUCAAACCACUGCAGAAGAACGUCAUUGUGACAAAACAGAGGACCCUAGGCCUCAUUGCAAUGACGUGGCUUCUCUGCUCUGUCAUAGCGGUGUCCCCUCUGCUCAUGUCCAAGGACGUCACCUUGGCUUUUAGCUCCUGCAGCAAAAUGUGCAAUUAUGUGUCCUGCUCAGCACAACAGGGGCUGCUGUGCCCGCCAGACAACAACACCAGUUUCAGCAGUUCGGUUUCCAUGGCGAUGCUGGUCUUUCCCGUCUUUGACCUCGCCAUGAUGGCGGCCACCUGUGUGGUCAACGCCGUGACCUUCUCCGCUGUACGGCGCUUCUGUCGUGGCCAUUCGCGGCCAGCAGUGGUGAGGAGGAAGUGGUUCACUAAAGCGUCGUCCAGCAUGAAGGUGUCCACCAGCGGGCCGUCCUUCUCGGACAUCCGGGCGGCCAAGACCAUCGCGGUGCUCACGGCCCUCUUCUGCGCCUCACUGCUGCCGGUGGCCGUGCUGGUGCUGGGGAACGUUCUGCUGGGCCGGCGCUGGUGCCGCUUCUCCCUCUACGCCUUCUGGAGCCUGGCCUGCAGCAGCGGCUGGAACGUGCUCGUCUACAGCACCUGCGACCGGCGCUUCCGCCAGCGCACCGGGGAGCUCCUCUUGAGCCAUCCAAAGAACACAUCCCAUGUCUGA